ACAACUACAAUUAUACUGCCACAACUCACGACGAGUAUGAUACUGAACUUCUUAAGGUUAGCAGGCUAAUCAGUCUCGAAUCUUUGCGAAGACUAAUGAUUUCGAAUUCGAGAUAUCUCGCGAAUGAUUUGACUACAAUAUUAUUGAUGGCUCACCUUAAUUUGUUCCAUGAUCCACACUCUGUUGAUUUCUUAUACGUUCGAACUUAGGAAAGGAAAAUAUUCAACUAUAUUGCACCAUGCUUGUGUUGAAAUUCUUGAGCUGGGCUUUACCUGCAAUAAGCUAGAAGGCCCACUUAGCCCAUCAAGGAAAACCUGGAGAACUUUCAUCCAUCCACGACUGGCUAGGGCCCAAUUUAUUGUUCAGAGCCCAGCCCAGGGCUCUCAAACCCGCACACGUAGCGGACAAUGACGUGGCGUGAACUAUACGCACCAGCAGCGCAUCUUAGUCAUUUUCCUAAAACUUUGCAUUAUUCCUGAUUGCGCAAGGCCUUUUAUUUUCCCCUUUUUAUAUUCCUCUGCGACUUCCUCUUCGCAAUCGUCUACCCGUUUCCCUCCGAGUUCCGUUCAAUUCCCGCGAAUUAUCGUCGGAGCCUUCGCGCAGGUGAAGAUUCUCCGUUCUCUCCACGAAUAUUUCGCAACGGCUCUUCAUUCCCGUUUCUGCUAAUUCCUUAGAUCCCAACAACAACUCCCUGAUGUUUCUUGCGGUCUAAUCCAGAAUUUGUCUGUUUGGUUACUCGAGAAACCAUUGUUGGGGGGGAAGACUUGAUGCAGUGAAAUUGGUUGAUGUGGUUGUUCCUUUUCUUUAUGGGAGAGGGGAAAAUGAUAUGUGAAUUUGAUUAGCUUGAUAGGAGUUGAAUGGUGGGCGAAGUUCGACUGGUUUUGCCUUUGGAAUGAAUGAGGUUUGCUUAAUGGUGGAGUUUUGUGCGGCUUAGGAUUGUGGAUUUCAGUAAAGUUUUGAGCUUGAUUGGAGUAUUCCACAUUUUUCCAGUUAAUGGUUUUGAUUGAUGGCAAGUGGACUGGAUAUUUGAAUGUGGUGUUCUCCCAUAACGUUUGACCUUCCAUCUUGUAGGAACUCGGGUUCAAUCAGUCAACUUCUUCUUUCCGCACAAUCCACGAUGUAUUUUGAUGGAUAUGGGUAUCACGGGACGUCCUUUGAGCAGACCUACCGGUGUUACCCUGCCUCGUUCAUUGAGAAGCCUCAAAUUGAAAGUGGUGAUAAAAUUAUAAUGCCUCCUUCAGCACUUGAUCGCCUCGCAUCCCUGCAUAUCGAUUAUCCUAUGCUGUUUGAGCUACAAAAUGAUGCUGCUGACAGAGUCUCUCACUGUGGUGUUCUUGAGUUCAUCGCCGAGGAAGGCAUGAUCUACAUGCCAUACUGGAUGAUGGAGAAUCUGCUCUUGCAAGAGGGAGAUAUAGUGCGAUUGAAGAAUGUGACCCUUCCUAAGGGAAAAUAUGUCAAGUUGCAACCUCACACAAAGGACUUCCUAGAUAUUACCAACCCUAAAGCUAUCCUAGAGACGACAUUAAGGAACUAUUCCUGCUUAACAACUGGUGACAGUAUUAUGGUGGCAUAUAACAACAAGAAGUAUUACAUAGAUAUCAUAGAAACAAAGCCUUCAAAUGCAAUAACUAUCAUCGAGACUGAUUGUGAGGUGGAUUUCGCACCUCCCCUUGAUUACAAGGAGCCUGAGAGAAAGCCUGCUGCAUCUGCUCUUUCGAGCAAGGCUCCAUCUCAAGUUGAAGAGGCGCCAGAAGAGAAUAUACCAAAAUUCAAUCCCUUCACAGGAGCAGGGAGACGUUUAGAUGGUAAACCGUUGCCGUACCAGCCUGCUCCAGUGUCUGCACCUUCGUCAUCCAAUGGCAAAAGUCCUGUUGCAGCCAAUGGUAGCGGGCAGUCAUCUGCUGCUGCUGCUGGCUCCAGCUCACAAAAUGCUUCUCGCCAGGCCCAGGGAAAACUCGUGUUUGGAGCAAACGCCAACCGGGCUCCUACCAAGGGAACACAGAAGGAAGCUGCAAAAGAGCCGAAACAAGAGCAGCCAGAGAAGAAAGACGAACCGAAGUUCCAGCCGUUCUCAGGGAAGAAGUACUCAUUGAGGGGUUGAUUAUUUAUUCACCAACACAGUCAAUGCCCUAAGAGUUAUGUUCUGUUGCUACUUGGGAGUAUCAUAAAAAAGCAGUAGAAUUUAUGUGGAUUCAGUUUCACUGGGUUGUUGUAUCAUGAAAAGUACAUUAACUAUUAGUUAUGUUAUGAUAAUGGGAAUGGGAAUGUGUUAGGGUUCCUAUUUGAAGUGAUUAUGUGAAGCUUGCAAGCCUCUACCUUGCUGCAAAAGCCGCGUUUGGUUUUCGUACUUACUCAAUCGGAGAUACUAGUUUCCUUUCUAUAUUGCGGAAAUGUUGAUGAAAUAAUGUUUAGUGUCACUAUUGUGGUUCAACGAGUAAUUCAAUAUCAAAUGUUACCAGUUGAUAUAUCAUGAAUAACUAGUUUAACGGUAAUGAAGUCGCGUGAGAACG